CUUUUCUGUUUAUCUUUAUUUUCAUUGAAAUUAUUAUAAUUUCUAUUCUGUCAAAAAUAAUUGUUUAAGGGUCAUCUUCGAAAUAUAGAAAUUAUUUAUAACAAUAUAAUGUGAUUUUAUUAAUACAAAAAGAUUACAUACCUGUUGAUUGUGAUUCUAUCUCAAUGCUCUACAUGUGCUACAGUAUUAUAGGAAUAUAAAUUAAAUUUUAAAUAAACAAACAAAUAUGGACGCAUAUGGUAACCCAAUUCCUGGACCAUCAAGAGAAUUUUUAAAUAUAGAAACUACUGAAUCAACAGCUGCUUAUGACCUUAUAUGGUUAGAAAAUGAGUUCAACAAUGAUGAUACUAAUGAAGAUUCAAAAGUUCAAAUAAAUAUAUUUAAAAGUUUGAAUAAAAAUGACAGUUAUAAAUUUGAACCAAUUAAAACAAAUCCUAGUAUUCAAGAUUUUUUUGAAAAAAUUGAUUGCAUAGAUUUUAAUCAAGAUGAUAUCGAACAAAAUAAAUAUUAUCUUACAGAGUUAUUAGAACAAUGUAAUAAUUUCAUAGAUAUUUUAGGCCGUAAUAUAGUUUAUUUAGAAGAAAUAAUGAUUGAAAUUCAUAGAAAUAUUGAAAUUUCAAAAAGAAAUGAAAUUAAAGCUUUAACUUGUAUAAAGUUUGAAAAAAAAUAUAUGCCUAAAGUUAAAAUGAAAAAUUUGAAAAUUAAAGCACACUUGGAAAACUUUUUUAAAAUUGGUUUAGUAAACUGCCCACAGAAUCCUCAUCUUAAGGAGUUAUACGAAACUGAAAAAUUAAUGUUAUCGUACAAUGGACGUUUUAUAUUUGAAGAAUGUAUUGAAAGGAAUCGAUGGGAUCAAGAGUUUAAAAAUAAAUUGGAAAAAGCAAUACAUACUGAAGUGUUAAAUAAAUUAAAAAUUCCUAUGCUUGAACAGCACUUGCGUCUUAGUAUAGAGGGAAAUAAACAAACUAAUCCAAUUAUUAAACAAAAAAUUGAAAUUGAAAUGUUAGACCUAGAAAAAGAAUUAGAUAUUAUAGCGAAAACACCAUUUAAGCAGUUAGUCUUUCAGUUUAUGGAUUCAGACGCAAAGUAUGAUUGGCUACACAUUGCAAAAGAAGUUGAUAAACCUGAUAUACAAUGUCAAAGGUUUUGGAAUUUAAUUUUAAAACCUCCCAUAUCUAGAGCUAUAUGGACUAAAAGUGAAGAUGACCGUUUAAUUCAAAUUGUUGCAAAAAAUGAGGAAAAAAAUUGGCAAAAAAUAGCUGAUGAAUUAGAUAUUAACCGUAAUGCGUUACAAUGUUUUGUUCAUUAUCAAAAAUAUAAAAAAAUGAUUCACACAAGAGGUAAAUGGACAAAAGAAGAAGAUCAGAAACUUGUAGAGAUAAUUAAGAAAAACUCAAUAGAUAAUAUCAUCAAUUGGCAAAGAGUAUAUUUUGCUAUGCAAGAUAAUAAUAGAAAUGUUUAUCAAAUCUACUCCAGAUAUAUGCAAAGUUUAAAACCAGGCAUCAAGAAAGGGUUUUUGACUGAUAAUGAAAAAUUUAUUAUUAAACAAGCUAAAAUCCAAAAUAUACCCCCAUCGAUAGUAUCAAUGAAUCUAACUAAUCGAACUCCUACACAAGUUCGUAAUGCUUAUCGUAGAAUUUUAUUAAACAAUGAAGAUAUUUAUAGAGGUGGUUGGUCAGCUGAAGAAGAUAAAAUAUUAAUGCGUGCUGUAAAUUCUUUUGUGCCUAAUGAAUUUAGUUGGACACAAAUAUCUCAACAGGUGCCUAACCGUAAUGAAGAACAAUGCCGUCAUAGAUUUAAAUUAAUUGAAAAAAAAUUAAAAAUUAAUCCAAAUUUAGAUGUUGAUGAUCUUUCACGCCGAUUCCGAUCUUACAAGUAUAAAGAAUUAGCUUUUUUUCCAGAAGAUGAAUUAAAUUUUGAUUUACAAAAACAAUUUAAACUCAAUCGCCAAUUUCUUAAAACAUCUAAUAUGCCAAUGGAAACAAUUGCCGAUCUCAAGUUGAAGAGAGCAUACUUGGAAAAUAAUUUUGUUAUUAACAAUUGCAAUAUGUCUAGUAAAUGUGAUCUCUACAAACACAUACUUGAUUAUUUGGGAGCUAAUUUGGUUGCACCUAAUACGUUUACCCACACAGAUGAUUUGAUUGAUGCUGGACUUAUGAGCAUGAUGUCAUAUAUACAAGAGUAUUCCAUUGAUGUAAUGACUUUAGAUUCUAGUAAGGUGGAGCAUAAUUUGUGUAACCCACUAUUAACCCACGAAGGAGUUCACAAUGUCUUGAGAACAAGUGAUAUAAUCAAUUCUGAUCUAAGUGAAAUAGAAGGUUUAUUAGACAUUAGAAUAAAAAAUAUUCAUAAGGAACAACCAAAAGAAGAUUUAAAUUUAAAUAAUUCUACUAAAAAAAUAAAAGAUCCACUACUACCUCUACAGUUCAUUGGUUCUGUACCACCAAAUUAUGAGACUUUUAAAAUCUUGUAUGCAUAUAAGAAUUCUUUAACUUCAUUCAUGAAAAUCGAUCACUGUAAAGAUUCCAAUAUGGAUUUUGAUUGGGAUGACGAAGAAUCUAUGAAAUUAGAGAAACGCCUUGUCGCCAUGUUAAGGUUACCAACAUUAUUUUCUAAUUUGAUACCUUACAAUGCAGCAAACAUAAAUAUGCUUGUAAAUGCUGACAAAGUUAAUAAGGAAGAGAUAAAAAUAGUAUCGUCUUCAAAUUAUUCUAAAGUUAAUUAUGCACACCCUAAAAAUAAAAAAUACAAUUUCAAGUUUAAAAGUUUUUUAUAAGUAUGUUUUCAAAUUUUAUUAAAGAUAACAUUAGUAAUACAAGUAUAAGUACGUAUA